AUGGCAGAGCGUGCUGCGGUGCUUUCACCACCGGAGGUACCGAGUGCAGAGCUCAGCAAGUCGAAGCUUCGAGCGAUUCGAGCGCGGAGUUCGAAGUCGCUCACCCAGGAGCAUCCUCAUGGCCAUGAAAGCUCAUCGAGAUUGGGGGGAAGCAGAGAAGGGCAUCACGGAGACCUUGUGAGGAAGGCGAAGACCGACAAGGACAUGGCGAUAGAUCUCAACCACAUGAAGCACCUCAUUGACAGCAAUACUGUGGCCAUUGUCGGCUCUUGCUGCCAGUAUGCGCACGGCACCAUCGAUCCCAUUGAAGAGAUGGGCAAGAUCGCCAAGAAGAAAAAGAUCGGCCUCCACGUCGACUGCUGCCUUGGUGGCUUCCUAGUGCCGUUUAUGGAGAAGGCUGGGUUUUCAAUGCCCGGCUUUGACUUCCGAGUGCCUGGUGUCACAUCCAUUUCUUGUGAUCCUCACAAGUAUGGAUUCGCUCCCAAAGGUAGCUCGGUCGCCAGGAUCUCAGCCAACCAGAUGGUUGGAGUUUGUUUGACAAGAGAUUUCUUGGGAAUGAGGUCAAUUACUUUUUCAAAGAUGGACAAGUAG